AUCAUUGAUAACUCGCAAAAUAUGUUACUUGUUCUUAGUUAUAAUAUCACAUUUGGGUAUAAUUUCGAUUGUAAUAUUUCUACAAAAUGGCUGCGACGCACUCGAGCACGUUGCCUGCCACACCCGCGGACACUAUCAAAACCUUGCCCUUAAAUUUCAAAUGACGAAAUUAAUAAUGAUGUAAAAAUCACAAAAUAGAUUAAUUUAAGUCCAAAAUGAGUUUAUUUGGUCAUGCACACAUAAUGUGCUACCUCACAUUUCACCUGUAAACUUUCAACCCUCAGCUGUGAACGUCAAAAUGGCAGCAUCCAUACGAGGCAUUGGAAGAAUUUUAUGCCGCGUGACCCCUUUGCUUUUACAGAAUAUUCGGCAGAAUAAGAGUUUACCUGUCAGGCUUUGGCCCCGGGCUGUGUUUCCAGGUGUGCAGUCCAGCCUCGCUCUCUGCACUGCAGCCUCACCCGAGAUCCCCAGUGAUGCCGGGGAGGCGCUUGCCCGCUACAAGGACAGACCAUGGGACUACCUGGAGAGCGAAGAGUACUUAGCGCUCUAUGGAACCAGUCCAGUGUGGUCUGACUACAGGAGGAACCACAAAGGAGGUAUCCCUCCUCAGAAGACGCGCAAGACUUGCAUUAGAGGAGACAAGAUAUGUGGGAACCCCUGUCCAAUCUGUCGAGACUCCAAUCUCAUCAUUAACUAUCAGAACGUGAAGCUACUGCAACAGUUCAUCAGUCCAAAUACAGGCAUUGUCUUUGACUCCACACGGACAGGAGUGUGUCAGAAACAGCAAAAGCAACUCAAUCAGGCGAUUGGCACUGCAAGAGACCAUGGGCUUCUACCCUUCCAGGUUCCUCAUGUGGACUUCUCAGGAGAGGACUACUCCAACUGCCAUGACGCAGUGGGCUCAACCCCUCCUCCCCCCACCAUUACCUCUGGUGAUCCUUGGUACCGGUGGUACCACACCAUAGAGCCAGACGAGACUGAAGUGGCUAAAGUCAAGAAGACCUAUAAGGCAUAUUUGAAAUAGACAAAGACCUACCUGAAAUUGAUGAGGGUGUAUCAGAGGAAUUAUGGUGAAAGUUUGAGGAUUUAAUUGUGUUUCUGGACAGAGCACAUUUUGUUCAUAAAACACAUGUGUCAAAAUAUUCAGAUUGUUAGUGUUUUGUUUUUGGACCUUAAGCUAAAUUGCCUUUCAUAUUUCUAGUCUUACGCAAACAAUAUGCUAAAACACGUCAGAUUAAUUCCAGACCCUUCUCCCAGGCUACAAUUUAUCAGCUCAGUUACAGUACAUGCUAUAUGGACCAUCCACGAGUAAUCUGUCUAAUCUCAUAUCCAUGGUUUUGUAUUUAAAGAGCAAGUGGUACAAUAAAAACAUGUAAGAUGCAAAAUCA